AUGCGACAGAGCGUUACCCGCAUGUGGGAGGGCGUUCCGAAGAAGCGCGGACCGAAGAAAGAAUCGAUCAGUGCUUUGAUAAAACGAAUUGAUGGACUCGAGGAACUUCUCAAGUCAGAGAAAACACCCACUCCACCUGGAUCUGACGUAGUCGCCACUGAACUAAACGGAAAUCAUGCCCAUAGCAAUGGGAGUUGCGAAACCUGCGGGUCUGCAUCGUCAGACUUGUCGCCUUUCAGCGCAUUCCACGAAGGAGGCUUUGCAGCGAAUUCGGACUUCCCCUCGGUCAUUAACGCAGAGGGUUUGAUUGACAUUUACUUCAAAUACUUCCAUCGAAACCCAUAUGAGAUCUUGGACGAAGAGAUCACCAGGCACAAGUUGAGAAACAACCAGCUUCCCAAGUCAGUACUGUACGCUGUCUGUGCUCUAGCCACACGGUAUUCAGAGCAGCCGGGCAAGGGACCAAGCAGCCAUGUUUCUGCGGAGACCUAUGUCUCUUGGGCUCAGAAAGAAAUUGAAGUUGCAGGCAAUUCGGUCGAAAUCUGCCAAGCGCUUCUUUUGUUAGUGACAGCCUUCGUGGCAAUGGGUGAUGGAAAGAAGGCGUACAGCACUCUGUCCCAGGCGGUCGGAUCAGCUAUGGCUUUGGAGUUAUAUCAAUGCUCCGACGAAAGUAACGAUAACAGCCGAGCCGAAAAUCUGAUGAGAAGGCGACUUCUCUGGACCUGCUAUGUCAUGAACGUAUUUGUAUCGACCUGGCUAGAGCGACCUUCGCUGAUCGAUGAUGCUAUCGUCAAAGCAACCAUUCCGUCUACUCAACAAUCUCAAUCAGGCUGGCAGUCGAAAAACGACUACUCCGCAGGAGCAGAUUCUGAACAAGCUUGCGAAGAUACGAGAGACCCGGAUUAUGGACUUCAGAAGCUUGUUUGGGUUGCGUACAUCCUUUCUGACGCCAACAGAUACCUGCUUGUCACUGAACCCACUACGCAGGAGGCAUAUGGCCAUCGACACAAGAUUCGUCGUGACCUUGAUCUUUGGGCAGCCGACGUAAGUCGCACUCCGGACCCUCCAAGCCAACUAUUUGAUGGUCCGGAGGCGAACGUUUUACUCGAAUGUCGGGUCAUUUACCACUUGAUCCACUGCCUCAUUUACCGCCCGCUUUUGCCGUUGCAUCUUGGUGAGCCUACAGGAGCAAUGAUGAUACAACACUGGGUGGCCGAAGCAGCGGAGAUUGGGUUUCGUCAUGCAACGGCAAUUCUUGAGCUUGUCGACCAAACUCUUCAGACAAAGCCUCACCACCUGCCGCCUUUCAUAUCAUAUUGCAUCUUCACAGCUGGGACAAUUCACGCUCACGGUGUACAAUACGCCAACGACCACAAGAACCAAGGCCUGGGAAUCGGACUUAACUCUUUUAACAGUUCUCCGUUGGCAGCAGAAUCAUUCGCCGGCUCCUCUGAAUUUCUCAACAAGGGCGUGCAACAGCUUUCCGCCAUUGGCAACGAUUUCGAAUCUGCGCGGUUGUUCAAGCAGAGACUCGACGAGCUUGCAAAGGAGCACGUUAGCCUAUCAAGCAAGAAUGUAGCUGGAUACGCGCCCUCUCGAUCGAACAAGUUCUUCCACCGAUACUCUGUCGAGCUCCGACAGAAAGUCCAGGGCCUCUAUGCGACCGAGGUACCUCCUACUCCAACACACUUGCAGCCACCGGAAUCUCCGGAAGACAAUCUAGGAAAGAUGGGAUUCCCGGCAGUGACGUGGAGUACGAGUCAAAAUCACGGUGGCGCUAAGAUUCCUUUCGCGCCGUCUAGGCUGAGCAUUGGACACCCAGCAGCCAACAACCUUGGCCAUUCCAGAUCGUUCUCAGACACCACGUCUUUGAAUCCAUCUUACUCAUUUGGAGGGACCAAUCAGUUUUCACAGAGGCCACUCCCAGUAUGGCCAGGCUUUCAAGAUGCCACGCCGAGACAGAUCAUAACCCAAGACACGCCAAUGCUGGAUCCCUCGUCACAGCUAACAUCCCCUAUUCAGCAGGAGCAGGCAGCGGCCGCAAGCCAAGGCGAUUGGGGUGGUGUGAAGAAUUUCGCCGGCGGCGAGUCAAUGGGCUACGAGGUUCUUCCAGGUUCAAUCACAGCAGGCGUUCCCGCGUGCCAGACGGGAGAAGAGUUACAGGGCUCGUUUGUACAAUUUCAGAACUUCGCUGUAUUGUAG